AUGCCUAAAAACUACAAAAAACGAUCUACUGUCAACGUUGGCCAAGUAAGAUCAAGUUCAACAAAUGAAACCAGCAUUAUUACUUCACUACAAAAUGAAGUCAAAGAAUUACGCGAAACGGUGAACGAACUCUCGAUAUCCAAGGAAAUUAUAAAAAAUUACGAAUCGAAAAUCAAAACUUUAGAGAGUGAAAAUUCCCAACUACGUCAAGAACGAGCUUAUGUCGGGAAUAAAAAUAAUGAGUAUAAAAAAAUACUCCAUGUUAAAGUUAAAAACUUACAAAUGGAGGUGCAAAGUAAAGCAUCUGAAAUCAAGGAAACGUCCAAACUUUUAGAUAAAGUAAAAGAUGAAAAUGAAAAAUUAAGAGAGGCUUUGAAGAAUACACAUCAGAAAACUAUUACGAAGGUUGAAGAAAAAGAAAUAAAAUUUUACAAGCCACAACUUGAUGAUCCUCAACCCAUUACGCAAAAAAUACGAAAUGAGCUUAAAGUAAUGAAAGAUCAUCAUAACGAUAAGAACUUGACUAGUUUUGUAUAUCGUGAAUUAGAACCAAUUUUGUUCUGUUUCCGAGAGUUCAAAGGGCUUUUGUUUGCGAUUUGGGAAUUUGGCAAAAUUUUAACAAACCAUUAUUAG